UAAAAGAAGCGCCCCCUCUUCCAAACCCAAAUCUGCUUCUAUCCCAUUCCCAUCUCCUUACAUCCUGCGUCCUCUUUUAUUAUAAACCAGCGGCUCUUUUAAGAGCCACUCUCACCACUUCUGUCUCUCACUUCUCUCACUCUCUCACACUCACUCACUCACACACACACCUCUAUCUGUCUGUUUGUCUUUCUGUCUGUCUGCCUGCCUGUUGCCUGCCUGCCUCUGUCUGUGGGAAAUGGCGGCUAAACAGGACAGAGGGAGAGCAGAGGAUGUUAUUUUCCUUGCAGACUUGCUUCUGGCUCAAGAAAAAGCAAAGUAAGCAUAGGACAAAGCAGCAUCCACUACACCUGCUAAAGGCAACAGGUCUAAUGUCCGAUGGGUGGAGAGAGAUGCAGAUGGAUUUCCACUGUUCAAAAGAAGCCGAAGUGGAGAGACAAGGAAACGAGGAACAAGGAAACCUUCAGCCACAGUUUCUGUGUUUGCCACUAAGGAGGCCUCUACCCCUUUGGAGUCAGCUGAGGAGGUUCCCACAGUGACCCAAGACAACUGCUCUCAACAGUUAUUUGACAAUGAGAUGCAGAGUCUGAAGGACAUUCUGAAGUCAGCAAAUGCUCAGAGCACUUCAACAUCCACAUCAUGGAGCUUCCGACAAUCUGCAGCCCAAGAUGAGUGGCGGAAGGCAAGGUUUCAUCACCUUGAGUGUUUGCUGUCCUGCAAUGAGGUGCCAGAAUGGAAGUGCUGCCACUGUGCAUCCCCUGCCAUAAUCCGCUGCAGAGACUGCAUGCCACAGGAGUGACUGUGUAUGGAGUGUGAUGUACACAUUCAUGCAAAACUGGUUCUCCAUAACAGGGAUUCCUGCAUUGAUGGCAUUUACAAAGCCAUUGAGCCAAUGGUGUGCUGUAUAAAGCAGGAAGGCACAUAUUCACUGGUCAAUCAAGUACAUCUAUUGCCGAGUGUGAGACCUUCCCAGCUGUGCACAUGUGACCCAAAAAACAUCAUCGAGUCAGCUGGCAGAGCAGUAAUUUUGGUUUGCAUAAAUGGUCGGUAUGAUUUGCACCUUCCAAAUCUGUCGUGCAGUUUGUGUCUGGCACAGUGGACACCCAAUAAAGGCGACCUUAUAAAGAGCGGCUAUUGGCCAGCAACAGUACAUGCUGACACGCUGUUUUCAAUUGAUGUUUUCACCACAUUUGAGGAGAUGAAAGCUGUUGCGCCCAGUUUGUCCAGGCAAGGUUUUGUGAGGAUGUUGGAGAGGGUGACUUCUCGCUUUGGAAGGGCUGGGAAAAUACAUGGAGACGUAUUAAUGCGAAGCUUCAUGGAAUAUACAUUCUGCCAGCACCAGUGUGACAACAUGGCCGAAGUCGAAUCGUUCACUUGCCCGGCAUGUACACCAAAUAUGCUGGCCCUCUGUGCAGAUGGCAACAGAAAGCAGUACAGAUUUCGGCAGUCAAAAGGGUCAGAGGAAUCAUAUUUUGACGGCACCUUUAUUUGUAAGGACACUGAAGUACACCAUUUUGUUGAGGACAUCAGGAGCAGAUUUAAAAGUACUGCUGGCAGAGGAAUCUGUGGAGCCAGUCAGUGGUCUGCUGCUCGUGAAACUGCCAGAAGAGCAAGCAAACUGGACGAAGAAGGCCUUGAGGUGGUUGUUUGCAGGCAUGAAGUGCUGCUCAAGGCUCUGAACAUGUACAGGGGGGAAUUUUUUGCCUAUCCCCUCUUCCUGCAGAAGAAGCUUCAGGCAGCCACAAACGGGCAUUUCUUCUGCACAGACAUUGCCUGCAAGUACUGGCCCUACCUGGAGAAGCUGACAGUGUCCAUGAUGGAUCUCAGACCUUUGCUACAGAUGAGGCCAUUCCUUUCCGUUAUGCACGCCAAGGCCCAUUCAACAAAGUGUGAGAUCAUAUGGAGUGGCAGAAAUCAGGAGGGUGCUGGCACAACUGCUGGAGAAGAGGUAGAAAUGGUCAACAGCUACCUUUCUCGUUGUGCCCUCACCACCAAGUACAUGACAAAAUCUGCGAGGAAUGACAUGCUAACAGUCCACGCGAUUGGGUGGAAUCGACAGAAGCAGGAUGGUCUUCAUCUUGCAUUAUCCAGCAGAUACAUCAAGACUUUCCAAAAAGCUCAGACUGAGUCUCAGAGACUGGAGGACUUGAGCAGCGAACUUGGGUGUCCUGAGAACAUGGUGGAGCAGUGGGUACAUGAUGUCAGACAAUGGGCCACUGACGAUUGUGUAGGUACCCGAUGUGAUGACCAACAUAACCUUCAGCAAUCAAUUGAACACAUGUUUCUUGGUGUUCAUCAGAAAAAGGCCAGCCUUUAUACUCAGACUGACGGCAACAAAAUCCGCCACUUGCGAAAAAGAAAAUUGGGGGAAGAGAAGAAAAAACUCUUUGAAACAAUCAAGCUCUACAAUGAGCAGGUGCCAGAUGAGGAGCAGAUCGAUGAGGUGAAGGUGGAGAGCAGACGCUCUGUGGUGGGAGCAGGGCUCUACACUAACUUUUUGCAUUGGUUGCACUGGUUGUAUCUGUGGCCAGACGGAAGCAACUUGAAGUCCUUGGACAGGGGGUGGCCAGGAUGAGCCAGGACUGACUGGACAUUCUGACAUACAGCGUCCUGCGUCCAGCUGUCUCAGAGCAGUUCCUUUGAUGUCACCCUCCUCUUUAUCAUCUCCUCCUCCAUUAGCAUCUGUGAGGGAGGUCAUGGGGUUCUGGUCUUGCUGGCUGCAGGUUUCAUUGAUCUCAGACCCCCAAGACGACUCCGAGAGUGGGCAGAUGGACAUGAUGUCAAAGGAAUCCAUCACGCUGGAUACAAAACAAAUAAUGUAUCAAUCAAUGAACGAAUCAACUGAGGUCUGAGGAGAUCAGUGAGCUGCUGUAUAUGACAUCAUAACAUGGACCUGUUGUCUACGUUUCAGAAAGAUCCCUUAGAUGGAGUGAAUCU